AUGAUUGUUGAUUGUUCCCUUGAGUCUGAGCCUAACGACACUAACAAUGAGGUUGAACUUGAAUUGAUAGAGCCUUUACCUGAGAUAUCUCUCCAUGCCAUGUCUGGGACCAAUCACCCACAAACACUGUGGGUCAUUGGAAAGAUGAAAAAUCGAGAAGUGACUGUUCUUAUAGAUGGUGGUAGUACUCACAACUUCAUUGAUCAAUCCACUGCCUCUAAGCUCGGGUUACCAAUUAUUUGUGGCAAGUCCUUUAAAGUAAUGAUCAGUAACGGGGAACACAUUGAAUGCACUGGAAAGAGUCUUGGUCUUACCUUGAUUGUCCAACGUUGUCCCAUAAGGGCUGAUUUUUAUAUACUUCCAGUGGUUGCUUGUCCAGUUAUCUUAGGAGUGCAAUGGCUGGAGACAUUGGGUCCGGUAGAAACAAAUUACCGCCAACUAACCAUGACUUUCCAACAUGAUGGACAUCAACAUACGUUCCAGGGAGUAAGUCGGUCGGGCUUGCAACCGUUGGAGACCAAAGAGUUGCUUCAACUCACGGGUCUAGAAUAUUUUUUACAGAUGGUGUCACCUGAAGGCAGUAAUGCAGUAGCCAUGUUAUGUGCCCAGCCAAAAGAAUUGCGCAGUCUCCUCGAUGAAUUCUCCACUGUCUUCGCUCCACCAAUAAGACUACCAUCGGGACGCCCACAUGAUCAUGGGAUUCUACUCAAAGAAGGUCAGGAACCCAUUAGUGUUCGUCCAUAUCGAUAUCCCCAUUACCAAAAAGUAGAAAUUGAAACCAUGGUGAAGGAAUUUUUAGAGUCAAGUGUCAUCCGUCCAAGCUCCAGCCCCUUCUCCUCUUCAAUAUUACUUGUUAAGAAAAAUGAUGGGACAUGGCAGUUUUGUGUUGACUAUAGAGCUUUAAAUGCAGCCACCAUCAAGGACAAAUAUCAUAUACCAGUGAUCGAGGAGUUGCUAGAUGAAUUAUUUGGGGCCAAAUAUUUUUCAAAGAUUGACCUUCGAUCGGGGUACCAUCAAAUAUGGGUAAGGGAAGAAGAUAUUCACAAAACUGCAUUUAGGACCCAUGAAGGGCAUUAUGAAUUUGUGGUCAUGCCUUUCGGGUUGACAAACGCACCUUUCACUUUCCAAAGCUUGAUGAAUGAUAUAUUUUGGCCUUGCUUGAGAAAGUUUGUAUUGGUUUUUUUUGAUGAUAUACUCAUCUAUAGCAAAACAUAG